AUGCUAUCUGAAGCCAAUCCAUCAGAUGAAGAACCACUGACGCCUCUGAGGGAACUAUCCUCCUUGCCCGAUAUUAGAGAGUUGGAUCCAUUCAGUGAUCGUUCCACAGUCCUUCGACCUCCGGUCAAUGUCGACGGGGGUGGUGAUGUGAGCUUGCAUCGUUAUGGCACACUUUGGCGUCGUUAUGUGCAGAGUAUGGUCGGCCAUGAGAUCCCGGACGUGACGGUGUCCUGGUCAGACAAGCCAGACACGCAUGACAUCAUAAUCAACUUCCUGCACCCUGAAGAGGAAGAAGAUUAUGAUGUUGACAUCACCUUGCAUGCAACCCCAACGGAUAGCAUGCAAACCCAAGUCCCUCAAGAUAUAAAGAUGGUGACUUCAAACUUGUUCAGAUAUGAGCCAAAUGGCAAUGCAGAGGAGGAUGUGGCAGCAAGACUGCCAAACCUGGUGAGCCAGAUCCUUUCGGGAGUUGAUAAAUUAUUAGAGCGCAGUGGACUCAAGAGAAGGCUGGGCACCAAGGGUUUGGCUUCCUAUGAGCAGACUCGAGAGGUUCUUCUUGCAUCUGCUCUCAUGCAAUUGACCAUUGAGGGACUUCCUGGACUUAAAUGGACCUCACCACCCGGACAGAAGCAAACGGUUCAAGAGGUUGGUGAGAACAUCAACACUGGAUCCAGCCCUAAAAGGCCCGCUCUUGAGCUGGCAUUGGAAUCAAUACUUGAAGAAGGCGGUGAAUCUAGACAUGAAAGUGACUGCGGACUCCAAAGGGAAGAUCCAGUCGGUCUCUAUGUUUUAUAA